CCUGGCAGGGGAGGGGUUUGAUGUGGACACUGGGGCACUGGGCGAGAGAGGUCUCCUUUCAACUUUGUCUUGUGGCUUGCACCCCGGGAGGAGGCCACAUGCCGAUUGUGGGGUGUAGAUGUGCUGGGAGUGAUUUCUAAGUAGUUGAGUUGUUGAGAUGAGGGUACGACGGCUAGUGGUAGACAGGUUUUGUUUUCGUGGGUGAAUCCGGUGUCAUCAUAUUCCGGUCAUAUGUUGAAAUAUUCUUUGUUUAGGUCUUGAAGUAGAGGAUCUCCCUCUGCACGUCCACAUUGUGUUGUUUUUAAAUGAUGUCUCCCGGAGUAUGGAUUUCUAGAAUCACAAAUGUGAUUUUAAGGUCUCGGCAUGUGUGGGCCUCAGCACUGGCCUUGACAGUGAACUUUAUGGCUGUGUUUUUGGACUUCUAAGAUUUUAUCCCAUGGCUGGGAUGCUCGUUAUGCUUUUUCUUAAUGGUAGAUAAUCAGGAAUGUAGAGUCUUGAGCUGAGGAAGUUAGAGAGGGAAGGGCAUUUAUUUAUUAAUAAUUGAUAGCUGAGUGUUAGAAUCAGAUUCAUUUGGGCUGGUUGAAGGUUUUUGGUGGUUGUUGUUGUUGUUUUUCCUCCCUUUUUUCUUUAAAGUUGUCCUGUACUCCAGGGAGCCUUUUGGCAGGCAUUCUUUCUAGUGGUUCUUUGGGGGCACGGAGAGGGUGGUUAUCACCUUUUAGAGAGGCCGUCAGCAUCAUCUGUAGCUUUACUGAAGGCAGGCCUGCUCAGAAGGCUGAUAUUGAGGCUAAGAAGUGGAGGGCCACUUUUCAGAAAAGUAUUUAUGAUACUUGUUUACAUUUCAUGUUUGCUCACAUUUGGGCAGUAGAAAUAAAUAGGUCAGCAUUUCUAUUGGUCUUUGAAGGUUAGGCCCCCCCUCAAAGUUUUACCAUCUACUUGGUUUACAGCCUUGUAGGAAAGAAUUACUGAUUUUUCCCUGGGAAUACUGUUACUUAUUUUAAUUUCGGUAAGUUCCUUGCUAUUUUCUUCUGUCUUCACUUAUAUAUGGAAUCUGUUGUGAGCUUAACAUUAGCUUACCGAGGGCCAUUUUAAAUGUCUAAGAAUACAUUUUAAAAUCUCAGGGAAUGUUUUAGGGGCAAAGAGGAAUUUUUUGAAUGUGGUAAUGCUCAUGUUUAUUAAGAAUUUCAGUACUCAGCACUUCAUAUGUGUACAGCUAUCCUUCAGGGAAGGACGUAGCAGUAGUGCAGAAAAUCCUCAUAGCACAAACAUUUGACUAACAUGUUCAAACUAUUUCAGGGCUUUUCUCUUACUUGAGACUUUUGAUUUUGGAAACUCAAUAUGUACAUUUUGACUGACAUUGCUGGGUUGCCUAUUAUAGAAAUUUUUUUUUUUUUUGCUUACGUACUAUUGGAGCCAUUUUAACUUAAGUUUUUGGACAGCUCACAAAGGUUUAUGGUGGUCACACUUUGGACGCACGCAAAUCCUUAUGGAGCUGGAAGAAUAAUACAUUGCGAAGACACCUGCCUGGGCCGUACCUUGUUGUAAAGGGAUAGAAGUGAUGGAUGGGACACCGCGUCCUUUGGUUUUCAAUGGCCCACCCUUUUUCCUGUUCAAUUAUCUGGAAGGAGCUGCUUCAGAAACACUCUUCUGUUUACAAGAAGAUCUCUAGCACUAUCCAGCAGGAGGUGCUACAGCAAGUUAAAGGGGAGCACUUAAUUUUGAGGGUCUUAUUGAAGUUCUCUUCUUAUUGAAGUUCUCUUAGCUCAGCUAAGCAACAGGAGUAACGUUCCAGGAAGAUUUUGAGGGACUGGAGAGCUGAAGGAGCGCCAGCUUCUCCAGAAUUGGACUUCUCAGAACCUUUAAUAUGCUAAUGUGCAUUGUGAAUCUCCAAGAUGGGGAUAUGACAUGCAGCAUUCUUGAAUACUUCUAAUGACAGGGAGCCCACUACCUCAUAAGCUGCAGCAACAAGAGGAGCUUGUAAUUUUAAACGGAGGCUGAAGACACUGUAGAAUUAGCAGACAUAAGAGAGCGUGGAGAAGGCAGAGGAUGGAGUUGCAGACUCUACAGGAGGCUCUUAAAGUGGAAAUUCAGGUUCACCAGAAACUGGUUGCCCAAAUGAAGCAGGAUCCACAGAAUGCUGACUUAAAGAAACAGCUUCAUGAACUCCAAGCCAAAAUCACAGCUUUGAGUGAGAAACAGAAAAGAGUAGUUGAGCAGCUGCGUAAGAACCUGAUAGUCAAGCAAGAGCAGCCGGACAAGUUCCAGAUACAGCCAUUGUCACAGUCUGAAAACAAACUACAAACAGCACAGCAGCAGCCACUACAGCCACUGCAGCAGCAGCAACCGCAGCAACAGCAGCAGCAGCAACAGCAACAGCAGCAGCACGCCCAGCAGUCAGCAGCACCGCCUAGUCUGACUGCAUCACAGAAGACUGUAACUACAGCUUCUAUGAUUACCACAAAGACACUACCUCUCGUCUUGAAAGCAGCAACUGCGACCAUGCCUGCCUCUGUUGUGGGCCAGAGACCUACCAUUGCUAUGGUGACCGCCAUCAACAGCCAGAAGGCUGUGCUCAGCACUGAUGUGCAGAACACACCAGUCAACCUCCAGACGUCUAGUAAGGUCACUGGGCCUGGGGCAGAGGCUGUCCAAAUUGUGGCAAAAAACACAGUCACUCUGCAGGUUCAAGCAACACCUCCUCAGCCCAUCAAAGUACCACAGUUUAUCCCUCCUCCUAGACUCACUCCACGUCCAAACUUCCUUCCACAGGUUCGACCCAAGCCUGUGGCCCAGAAUAACAUUCCUAUCGCUCCAGCGCCUCCUCCCAUGCUUGCAGCUCCUCAGCUUAUCCAGAGGCCUGUCAUGCUGACCAAGUUUACACCCACAACCCUCCCCACAUCCCAGAAUUCCAUCCACCCUGUCCGUGUUGUCAAUGGACAGACUGCAACCAUAGCCAAAACGUUCCCCAUGGCCCAGCUCACCAGCAUUGUCAUAGCUACUCCAGGGACCAGACUCGCUGGACCUCAGACUGUACAGCUUAGCAAACCAAGCCUGGAGAAACAGACAGUUAAAUCCCACCCAGAAGCAGAGGAGAAACAAGCAGAGAGCCGUACCGUUACCCCACCUGCUGCACCAAAACCAAAACGAGAAGAGAACCCUCAGAAACUUGCCUUCAUGGUGUCUCUAGGGUUGGUAACACAUGACCAUCUAGAAGAAAUCCAAAGCAAGAGGCAGGAACGAAAGAGAAGAACAACAGCAAACCCGGUGUACAGUGGGGCCGUCUUUGAGCCAGAGCGUAAGAAGAGUGCAGUCACUUACCUUAACAGCACAAUGCAUCCUGGGACGCGGAAGAGAGGUCGUCCUCCAAAAUACAAUGCGGUGCUGGGGUUUGGAGCCCUUACCCCAACAUCCCCCCCAUCCAGUCAUCCCGACUCCCCUGAAAAUGAAAAGACAGAGGCCACAUUCACUUUCCCUGCGCCUGUUCAGCCUGUGUCUUUGCCCAGCCCCACCUCCACAGACGGUGAUAUCCAUGAGGAUUUUUGCAGUGUUUGCAGAAAAAGUGGCCAGUUGCUGAUGUGUGACACGUGUUCCCGUGUGUAUCAUCUGGACUGCUUAGAACCGCCCCUGAAAACAAUUCCCAAGGGCAUGUGGAUCUGUCCCAGAUGUCAGGACCAGAUGCUAAAGAAGGAAGAAGCAAUUCCUUGGCCUGGAACCUUAGCCAUUGUUCAUUCCUACAUCGCCUACAAAGCAGCAAAAGAAGAGGAGAAACAGAAGCUACUUAAGUGGAGUUCAGAUUUAAAACAGGAGCGGGAACAACUGGAGCAGAAGGUCAAAGAGCUCAGCAGCUCUAUAAGUAAAUGUAUGGAGAUGAAGAGCAGCAUCCUGGCGCGGCAGAAGGAGAUGCGCAGCUCCCUGGACAAGGUGAAGCGGCUCAUCCGCCUCGUGCAUGGCGUUGACCUCUGCAGACCUGUGGACUCGGAGGCCACGGUGGGGGCCCUCUCCAAUGGCCCAGACUGCACUCCCCCUGCCAACGCCGCCUCCACACCCACCCCUUCCCCCUCCUCGCAGAGCUGCACAGCGAACUGUAACCAGGGGGAAGAGACUAAAUAACAGAGCCCUUGAGGCGGACAUGCCACAGUCCUGGUGGCGAGGAGACGCUAGAAGAGCAAAGCCGGAUUUCUUCUGGAAAGUACAGAGUUCUUUUGGUUCUUUGGUUCCAGAGAGAGAGAAGAUGCUUGUGCCAGGUGGCACCCGAGUUUGCCAAUUGAUUCUUGUUAUUCUGUGUGUACAUGCAAAGACUGGACCAUGUUACAUGAAAUAGUGCCAGCUGGAGGUUCUUUGCCAGCACCAUGCCAAGUGACAUAAUAUAUUACUCUCUCUAUUAUACACCAGUGUGUGCCUGCAGCAGCCUCCACAGCCACGGUGGGUUCGUUUUUGUUUUGUUGGGUGGGGAGCAGGGACGGGCGGAGGGAGGAGAGCAGGUUUCAGAUCCUUACUGGGAGCCGUUUGUUUAGGUAGAAAAGACAAGUCCAAAGAGUGUGUGGGCUUUCCUGUUCCUAAACUUUUCACUACCAUAAAACCAAAAAACGAAAAAAAAAAAAAAGAUAAAAAGAUAAAAAAGGAAAUAGAGAUUUAACUAACCCAGUGCCCAGAAGAGGGACGGGAAGGGCUGGGAGGGGGCAAGGGUGGGAAAGUAUAUGACAUAAGCAGUAUUUAACGUUCCUGGAGGGACCUAGUGCAAGAGGAGAGCCCCGCCCCUCCCUAACUCGCCCCGCCCACAGCCUCCUGCAGCCCCUCCCCUCUGCUUGGUGUAGUGCAGAGCCCCGGGUGGUUCCAGGCCUUGCUAAGCAGGGAAGGGAGGGUGCUAGGGGUCCGGAGGGAGAAAGGCGGAUCAGAGGUUUACUUGAAAACAAGCUCCAUCCCUUUUCUAUAUUUAUAAGAAGAGAAGGUUCUAAGCAGAGCAGCACGACCCAGGUGUGUGUGAAUGGAGACAACCCUUUUCUCUUCUUCAAGUUUCUUUUGUUUCUGUUCUUGUUUUGUUUAAACAAAGUUUUGUUUUGUUGUUUAUUUUUCCUUUUUUUCUCUUUUCUUUUUCUUUCUUUCUUUCUUUCUUUCUUUCUUUCUUUCUUUCUUUCUUUUAACAAGAACUAAAAUAAGAAAUAGAAAAGCUGUUUUUUCAGGCUGACGGUCCUGUUGAGGGUAGCGGAGACCUUGCAUGAUAGAGUAGGCGUCAUAGUGUCAAGUGAGGUCGGUGAGUCUGUGUGCGUCCUGUGUCAUCAGUCAGGCACUGUUCUGGUUUGUUUGUUUUGUUUUUUACUUUCUGGUUUUGUUUUCUGGUUUUGUUUUUUGUUUUUUCAUGCAAGGGCAAAAAAAAAAAUCUUUGUACCUGGGGAAAACAACUUUUUUUUUUUAUUAAAAAGGAAAAUAAAAGAUAUUGAGGUCUUCCUAGUGUUACUUAAAUUAAGAUCAAGGUAAGAAACAUUGUAAAAAUUACAAAAGUGCUAUUUGUUUCCUAAAAACAGUGAUUUUUAUUAAAAAGGUGUCAGAACUGGAGAAAACGCUGUGUAAUUACAGUUUUUUAGCACAGAGCCUACUGAUCCUGAUGACAUUUUACUGUGUUGUGUCUCUAGACUGGUGCGCCAGUUUCCUGCAGGGCCGGGUCCUCCCCCUCCUCGCUCCUCCCUACUCAGACUUGCUGUCUCCUUGGUACAGGGAUCUCAUCUCCUUUGAAGCCAAAAUGGAAUGUGCAUAGUGUCAGGGCAUCCCCACAGUCUCAGACCUUGCUAGAAUGCAGGCUGGUGCCCACCUAGCCCUUCCCUUGGUGCUGCUCUGUCUUACAGCCACCAGCAUUAUUUACACCUCGGGGGCCCCUCGGGGGACUGACCAGUGAGGCUCCUCACUGCCUGUAUACUUGGCCUCCAGGAGGGUAUAGGAUGCAGGCUGGCUGCAUCAGGGGGGAAAUGCUUUGAGAGUCUAUAUGUCUCUAAGAGCCCAGGUAGCCUUCAAGUCCAUCUUGCGUUAAAGAGAGAAGUCUGAAGCUCUAGUGGGUCUCUGCCUGCCAGCCCCAAGGUCAGAGUUCACUCCCAUUCCACUCACUCACAUGCUUCCUGGGUGUUCCUGGGCUAGAAUCACUAUGCUUGCCUUGUGUGGCCUAGUGUAGACUUUUCUUCUUGGAAAAAUGGGGUUCUGAAAGGCUCUCUACUCAUCUCCCCGACAAUGCCAUAGGGAACAUAACUCUACGAGAUGCAUGCUCCCAGUGGAAAUCUUUAUCUGAUCCAUGUCCUUGAGUGAAGGGACAGAGACCUAGGCUCUACCCCCAGGUCUGAAAGCAUCAUCUCUGAGCCCCUGAGCCCGCCAGGCUCCCAAGUCUUGGAGUAGCAGGAAAGACCCCUUUGCUUCUUCCUUACCCAGUUAGGUCCAGGGAAAAUGAGCUGGAUCCUGACUGAAACUACAACAGACAAGAGGUGCUUGUGAGAGUGAGCCAGGCCCACCCACACCAGCCACCCAUUCACUUCCCAGCGUUUGAGAAGAGGGCAGGCAGUCUGGCCACACAGGCCUCAGCUUCAGGCCUCUGGCUUCAGGUUGACUGAGGGGAGCAGAGAAAAGCCCUCUUUUCUUAUUUAGGAACUAAGGUGCUGUCUAGUUAGCGGGCGUUGGAGAUGCCUGGACUAGUUGGAUCUUUGGCAGAGGAUCAGAGACCAGCUGCAGGCUGAUAUCCUGUCUCAGCUCCCCCAACCUGCCAACCCCCUGUUGGACUUGUCUGGGCCCAUAGGCUGGGGCUUGGCACAUACUACCUACCUGUGACGGGAAGAGGUUGACAAGCCAUCAACAAUCACUACAGGCCUUUGCUCCAGAAGAGCUGCUGGUGGCAGCACGGGACCCGAGCAGCAUAGACUCCCAUCUUCUGAUGUUUGGAAAUGAGUUGCUUUGAGUCAACUGGAGUGAAGUAAAAAAAUGUAGCCCUGCUCCAAGCCUCCACUGUGGGCCCUGCCCCUUCCGUCUACUUGCCCUUACCUCUGUCAGCACAAAGCUCUUCUCUGUCCCUUUAGACCUGUGCGCGUACCUGGGACCACCUGGGACAUACACACAUGCUGCCCUGCCAGAGCCGCCUCCAAGCUCCCAUCCUCCCUCCCCUACCUGCGUGUGUUGCUCUUGUAGCCACAUGUGUAAGGCUCACUAGCAUGGCAGUCACUUUGGAGGGCCUUGGACUGGGAGCCCCUUGUCCCCAGGGUCAGGCUGGCAGGUAUAGGCCAUAGAGGUCAGCACCAUCGCCUUCCUCCCCUAAAGGGUCCUCUUUCUUUCUGAGCCACUGUCUUGUCUGCCUCCGCUGAGCUUAACCAGUUCUCAUUUUUUCCCUUGCUUGUCUGGCUUUGGGAGGUAAGGCUGCUAAUGACACCCUUCAAGAAAGUCUCAGUAGCAGUCCCCGAUGGCUUUACCUGAGUAGGGCCUGCCUCUAUAGCCAGUAACAGCCACAGGCAGCCUCCAGCUGGCCCCCAUCUUAGUGACUGGCAUCCUCUUAGGGGCACCUCUCCUGCUGCUGCUUUUUGUCUCAUGCCCAUCAGGCAGUGGUAAGGUACAUGUGUACCCAGCACUGCCCAAGCGACUGUGUCUCCAGCUGUCUGUCUACACCUACAGCUGCCUCUCUGCUGCCUCUCUGAUGCUUCCUCUUGGGGCUUGACUUCUUCUUGACUCUCCCCACCAGCCCCCUCCCUCCAGCUCACAACCUUUAAAUGGUCUCUUCCCUUUAGGCCCUCCUUUGGUAUGGACCUUACCUAACUAAAGGGCUGAACUCUUGAGGACAUUCCUCCCAGGGGCAGGAGUAGGACGGACCAGUUGGUCCUUCUCUGGACACUGGGUUCUCCAGACCCCAUGGCUUCUGUUGAAUGCAGGCUACUUUGCUCUGUGUAAAUGACUGUGGACCUUGUCCCACCCCACAUCCCAGUACCCCUGGCAGAAAACAGGAGUAUCACUUCUCAUCCUACCUUAAGCCGGUGCUCCUGGUCAGCUCCUCCCCGAGAAGGAAUUGGGUGACCCCUGGGGAAGAUUCCGCUGGUCCUCCCCAGGGAAUGAAGAGUCCCGCCUGGCAGCCUUGGCCCCUGCACCCCUCUCCAGUGUUCUUGCUCUUAGCCCAGGGUGAGUUGCAGUCAGAUGGGGGGGGCUGAGCAGACCAGAAGUCAGCGAGCUCCACCACACAUACAGCCAGCCAGACCCAGUCCUGUCUGUGUCCAUGCCCUUUGUGAUUUCAGUCUUGGUAGAAUUUGUAUUUGGAGUUUUGUGCUUCAAAGUUUCUGUUUCGUUUGUUUGGUUUUUGUUUCGAGGGGGUGGGGGGUACAGAGCAGCCGAUCAAUUUGUAUUUAUUUAUUUUAACAUUUUACUAAAUAAAGCCAAAUGAAGCCUC